AUGCAGGUGCUAAAUUUGGUUCAUGACUUUGAAAUGCAAAAGAUGAAGGAGACAGAAACCAUAAAGAAGUACUUUGACAGACUACUCAACAUAGCAAAUCAUGUCAAAUUAUUAGGUUCUUCUCUGGAAGAUUCAAGGAUUGUUCAGAAAAUCCUUGUAAUAGUGCCUGAAAGAUUUGAGGCUACCAUCACCACCCUAAAAAACACGAAGAAUCUGUCAAAGAUUGCUUUAAGUGCUUUACAAGCACAAGAGCAGAGGCGUCUAAUGAGGGAAGAAGGAGUCGUCGAAGGAGCUCUACCAGUCAAGCAUCAAGAUGAUGAAAAGAAUAGGUGGCCCAGGAACAAGAAGUUUCAAGCUACACGUAGACAAAGCUCUGCACCUGAGAACAGAAGCAAAACUGAAAAUAAAAGAUUAGGAGUAAAAAAAGAUUACCCUCCAUGUCGACAUUGUGGCAAGAAAGGUCAUCCUCCUUUCAAAUGCUGGAGAAGACCAGAUGCAAAGUGCAGGAAAUGCAAUCAAAUGGGACAUGAAGCUGUCAUUUGCAAGAAUAAAGAUCAACAACAAAGAAAUGAAGCACAAGUGGCAGAUCAAGAAGAAGAUGACCAACUUUUCGUUGCAACUUGUUUCACGAGUUAUGAAGCAAGUGAAAAUUGGUUCAUUGAUAGUGGUUGCACUAAUCAUAUGACAGUUGAUAAGGGGUUGCUCAAGGAAUUCAAGGAAUUGAAGAGCACAGAGUCCAAGAAGGUUAGAAUUGAGAAUGGUGAAUAUACUGCAGUCAAAGGAAAGGGCACCAUAGCCAUUGCAAGUUGUUCAUGA